GUCUUUUCUUUACAACUCCUUCUCUGGAGAACACAAUCUUUCCAGUCACUCUUUGUUUGAUUCAUAAUCAUGAAGUAUUCUACAGUCUUUACUGCCCUCACUGCAUUAUUUGCACAGGCAUCUGCAACAGCUAUUCCAGCUGUUCGUUCACCACUCGCUCCUCGUCAAAGCACCACUGCCUCUUGUGCAAACUCGGCUACUUCCAGAUCUUGCUGGGGAGAGUAUUCCAUUGAUACCAACUGGUAUGAUGUUACUCCUAAUACUGGAGUCACCAGAGAAUACUGGCUUUCAGUUGAGAACUCCACCAUCACACCUGAUGGUUAUACUCGCUCAGCCAUGACCUUCAAUGGAACUGUUCCAGGACCUGCAAUUACAGCAGACUGGGGUGACAAUCUUAUAAUCCACGUUACCAACAAUCUCCAACACAAUGGUACAUCUAUUCAUUGGCAUGGAAUUCGUCAACUAGGAAGUCUCGAAUACGACGGCGUACCCGGUGUAACUCAAUGUCCUAUCGCUCCUGGAGAUACCUUGACCUACAAAUUCCAAGCUACUCAAUAUGGAACCACCUGGUAUCACUCUCACUUCUCUCUUCAAUACGCUGAUGGACUCUUUGGACCCUUGAUCAUUAAUGGUCCCGCUACUGCGGACUAUGAUGAAGAUGUUGGUGCAAUUUUCCUCCAAGAUUGGGCACAUAAAUCCGUUUUCGAAAUUUGGGACUCCGCUAGACAAGGUGCUCCUCCAGCACUUGAAAACACUUUGAUGAAUGGAACCAACAUCUACGAUUGCUCAGCUUCUACUGAUGCUAACUGCGUUGGUGGUGGUAAGAAAUUCGAGUUAACUUUCGUCGAAGGCACAAAAUACAGAUUGAGAUUGAUCAAUGUUGGAAUUGACAGUCACUUCGAAUUCGCCAUUGAUAAUCACACACUCACUGUUAUUGCCAACGAUCUUGUUCCAAUUGUGCCCUACACUACCGAUACUCUUCUCAUUGGUAUUGGACAAAGAUACGAUGUUAUCGUUGAGGCAAAUGCGGCAGCAGACAACUACUGGAUUAGAGGAAACUGGGGAACCACCUGCUCAUCCAACUCGGAAGCAGCAAAUGCCACAGGUAUCCUCCGAUACGAUAGUUCCAGCACCGUAGAUCCUACCUCUGUCGGUGUCACUCCCCGUGGUACUUGCGCGGAUGAGCCGGUUGCCAGUCUUGUUCCACACUUGGCAUUGGACGUUGGUGGAUACUCUCUCGUCGACGAACAGGUGUCUUUCGCCUUCACCAACUACUUCACAUGGACCAUCAACUCAAGUAGUUUACUCCUUGACUGGAGCUCCCCAACAACUCUCAAGAUUUUCAACAACGAGACAAUCUUCCCAACUGAUUACAACGUUGUCGCUCUCAAUCAAACUGACGCCAAUGAAGAGUGGGUCGUCUAUGUCAUCGAAGAUCUCACCGGCUUCGGCAUUUGGCAUCCUAUCCAUCUCCACGGUCACGAUUUUUACGUCGUAGCUCAAGAAACUGAUGUGUUCAGUGCUACCAAGUCGCCAGCCAACUUCAACCUCGUCAAUCCUCCCCGUCGUGACGUUGCCGCACUCCCCGGAAACGGUUAUCUUGCCAUUGCAUUCAAGCUUGACAACCCUGGUUCCUGGCUUCUUCAUUGCCAUAUCGCAUGGCACGCAUCUGAGGGAUUAGCAAUGCAAUUUGUGGAGUCUCAAAGCUCGAUUGCGAUCGGUAUGAGCGAUACUGAUAUUUUCGAGGAUACUUGCGCAAACUGGAAUGCCUAUACUCCUACUGAGUUGUUCGCCGAGGAUGAUUCUGGAAUCUAAGGGAUUUCUACAUCCUGCUUAAUGUCAAUUAAUCAUUUGUAUUGAUUGUUCGUUCAUGAGGAUGUCUUUAGUACAUCUUCCAACCUCCUCUCGCUUAUUACAACACACCACUCAAUACUAUCAUUGAUGUCACGAGAAACGCAGAGUACCUUCUUUUUUACCACUGCACAUAAUUUUCCUUGUUUAUCUUCAGUUGUUUAUUUAUUCCUUCACUCACCCACUCACUCACUCAACUAUUUGUUCAUUUUAUUCCUACCUCCUGAGUUAUUUCGCGAGCGAGCAGUACAUUUUGAGUAUCUGCAUUGUCACUCGUUUAGUUUGAAUUUUUGAAUGAUUGUCAGAGAGAAAGCAUAGGAAUACAGAACUUGCUUGCUGACUCGAUUGCCUUCUUAUUCCCUUGGUUUGGAUGUCUUUGAGCGGAUGGAAAGGUUGUUA